AGACGGAGAGCGGCCGAGUGGGAAGGUGCUAACCGCGUAUGUUUAUUUGAAUUCAGUCCGGGAUAAUUCACCCCACGGUUCCACCCCCACACCGAGGACACGCUGCGCGGAUGUGGUUGCGGUUUGUGGUUCAGGAAACCCGCUCUUCCAUCAAACGGGCUCUUAGCUGCGGAGCUAAGCUAACGGCUAGCCGGGCCAGCUAGCUGCUCGAUGACCGAGCUGUGGUCGUCAGCGGCGGAUUGAAGGCUGCAGCUGAUCGUCGGCGGCUGUUUUCCCAGACGUGGACUCUGAUCCCGGAUCACACCACCACUCCGCGGCUGCUUGUUCAACACCCAGAUAUACGCUGAAAGCUCGGCUGUCUCUGGAUGUGUCGGUUAUUUGGAGAACACGGGAGGUUUAUGUAAACAGUAGCAGGAAUUUAGCAGCAGCUCGACCUAAUCCCGCCGCGAUUCGCACGAAAUCACUGCAGAUCGAUGGAAACGUCCUCUGUGCUGCCUCGUAAAUGAUUUCUGCUCCAUUUCUACUCGAAGCCGAAUAAGCGCCUCUGACAGCUCCUGCAGGUACUCAGCGAACCGGCCUGUUGACUGGCGGUGCUCCCGAUGAAGAGACCUGACAGCCGGACCAUGUUCGAGCUCCCCCUCGGCGCCCAGGCCUGUCCUCACUCACGGGUUAUCUCAGGAUCUGCCUCGUCUCACGGAGCGUGUGUCGGUGUUUCCCGUUAGACAGGCCGGACCUGGACCAGCUGUUGGACCGGGGAAUGGUGCAGCUGCUCGGUGUCCAUUAGAGUCAGAGCCGCUUUAAAGGGACUGUGAUCCCGGUCCGAGUGUGGGAUUAAAACUGAAAUAAAGGAUUUAAUCUGCGGAUCCACCAUGGGAUCAGCGACCAAACUGGCCUUCAGUGUUUUCCUCAUCUCCUGCUCCUCAGGUGCGAUCCUGGGCCGCUCGGAGACUCAGAAGUGUGUCCACUACAACUACAGCCCGUCGUCGUCCUCGUUGACGCCGGAGAACCAGGGGAAUGUCAGCGGGGUGGUGACCUGCUCCGGGGAGAAGGACAAGAGGCUGCACUGCUUUGCCACCUGGAAGAACAUCUCCGGAGUGGUGCAGGUGGUCAAACAGGGAUGCUGGCUGGACGAUCGCAACUGUUAUGACAGGAACGAGUGCGUGGAGAGGAAAGAUGCUCCUGAAGUCUUCUUCUGCUGCUGUGAGGGCAGUUUGUGUAACGACAAGUUCUACUACAGCCCCAACAGCAGCCAGCAGCUGGUGCCCAGUAAGAUACACCUGUCUUCUCUGCUCUAUGUGCUGUUGCUGCUCUUCCUUCCGGUCGGAGGCGAAACCAGGUGUGUCCCCGCUGUCUCACCUGUCGUCACCUGUCUCCUGCAGGACCCCGGACCCCUGCCGCCGUCACCCAUCCUGGGACAGAAGCCGCUGCAGCUGCUGGAGGUGAAAGCCAGGGGGCGCUUCGGCCACGUCUGGAAGGCUCAGCUGCUCAGCGAAUACGUGGCCGUCAAGAUCUUCCCCAUUCAGGACCGACAGUCGUGGCAGAACGAGUACGAGAUCUACAACCUGAGCGGGAUGAGACACGAAAACCUGCUGCACUUCAUCGGCGCCGAGAAGAGAAGCAUCAACAUGGAGCUGCAGCUGUGGCUCAUCACCGCUUACCAUGAGAAGGGUUCUCUGUCAGACUACCUGAAGGCCAACAUCCUGUCCUGGUCUGAGCUGUGUCUCAUCGCUCAGUCGAUGUCUCGAGGCCUCGCCUACCUGCACGAAGACAUACCUGGACACAAAGACGGACACAAACCCGCCAUCGCACACAGGGACAUUAAGAGUAAGAACAUCCUGCUGAAGUCCAACCUGACGGCCUGCAUCGCCGACUUCGGCCUCGCUCUCCGGUUCGAGGCGGGAAAAUCUCCAGGAGACACACAUGGACAGGUGGGGACCAGGCGGUACAUGGCCCCUGAGGUUCUGGAGGGAGCCAUCAACUUCCAGAGGGACGCCUUCCUGAGGAUAGACAUGUACGCUUUGGGCCUGGUUCUGUGGGAGCUCGCCUCGCGCUGCAAAGCUGCUGACGGUCCGGUGGACGAGUACCGGCUGCCGUUUGAGGAAGAGGUGGGUCCACACCCGUCUCUGGAGGACAUGCAGGAGGUGGUGGUCCACAAGAAGCAGAGGCCGACCCUCCGGGAGUGCUGGCAGAAACACACUGGUCUGGCGGUUCUGUGUGAGACCAUCGAGGAGUGCUGGGACCACGAGGCCGAGGCCCGUCUGUCGGCCGGCUGCGUUGAGGAGCGCAUCGUGCAGAUGCAGCGGCAGACGAACGUCACGGCGCCCGAGGAGAUCGUCACGGUCGUCACCAUGGUAACCAACGUGGACUACCCGCCCAAAGAGUCGAGCCUAUGACUAGGCUGAGGACCAAUCAGAGCGGAGCCGGUUUUAGUCUCAGGCCAGGUGACCUGUGGGGCGGUCAGGUGACCUGGUGGUGGCGGAGGACGACGCCACAGACAGACUCCGCCCUCUGACAUCACCUCCUGUUUUUUUACUUCAGAAUAAAAGACUUUUUGUAUAAUGACGAGACUUCAGUUUAAAAAGGGCGACUUUCUCUGAAUGAUGCCAAUACGAAGCAGAAUGUCUGUAUCACUGCUGUGUAAAUACAGAUUAUUAUUACUACAUGUACUGUAUCGAUCACCGGCGCCCGGAGGCCAAUCAUCAGGUUUUGAUCCGGACAGGAGGCCCGCUCCUUCUCCUGACGUCUGAUUCUGUCACGACAAACUGUGGGAGAUACAAACGGCCUGAUGGCAGCAGAGCGGCCCGUUGGUUCAUACGUCACCAGUUCUCAGUAUCGGUGGAAAACAGGCGUCUACAGGUGGAAUCAGGAUCAGCUGUGGACGCGGCUGUGUGUUCAUCCUCUAACAGGACAAUCGCUUUUCACACAAAACCUUUUUGUCUGUAGAGCAUCAGAGAGCUUCUGCGUGCCGACGUCUUCAGAUGUCUCGUUGGGUCCGAGCAGCAGUCGGUCACCAAACUCCGUUCAAGAAUCGUUCUCCUGCUGCUGAAGAACAAAACGAGACGUCUGAAGGCGCCGCUGUCAGAAACUGGUCUCUGAGGUUUUAUCAGCUGAGUUAUUUAUUGAUUAACUGGAAAAAAUAACGUCACUCCGUCAAGAUCAUUUCUGAUUUUAAAUUUUACCCUCAUUGGAUUUGCUCUAAACAUCUGAAUGGGAGUCAAAGACAAUCGAUUUCUUGUUUUUUAGUCCGAGAACAUCGUCCAGUUUGUCCUCAUCAGAAACCAAAGACCCAGAGUCAAUCGGCCCGCUCGUCAAUAACACUAAAAAAAACGCUCCGACAGCUGAUCGGCUGCAUUAAACGGUUUUAGAUUUAACCCGAGUCCCUCAGAAUAUGAAGAUUAGAAACAGCCUCCCCUGUUUGCAGUGAAUAUUUAAAGCAUGUCUUUAUCCGUCUGUGUUUAUUUUCUCACUCCGUCUCCUCCUCCUCCUCCUCCCUGUUUGUGGUUCCUUCUGACUCUGAGCCUCAGAACCGACGAAACGGAGUCAAGCACGGAACCGAACGUCAAUAAAUGUUUUUAUUUAUUUGCACAAGUAACAAGAUAAAUGUGAUGCGUAAUGAGAAGAAACGCGAGGAAAGAAAAUGAUUCAGUGUUGGUUCUAAAUCAGAAACACUAAAAAAUCUGAUGCUUCAUGUUGUGAAACCAGGUUGAAGAAAAAAAUCAAAGCGUUGGAGUUGAUUUAAAACACAGAUUUCUGUUUCUUCUUAUCGACAUGUCCUUCCAUCCUCACCUGUGUGUCGGGUUUGAGGCUCCAGAUGUUUGGUGGAUUUUAAAGCGUCUCAGGAAACGUGUAGUUUUUGUUUCUGCUGCGACGGCGAAAGACUCGUCGCUCUGCUUUAACUGCUUCACAAACUUUAAUCCAUCAGCCGGUCACGUCGUUGCCAUUCAUUUGUUCCAUCGCAAACCUCCAGGUGUUGUCGGCAGCAGCUGGUCCACAUGUUUUGGACGUUUCAGACUUUCAUAUUAAGCAGUUGUGCUGCCGGAAGCCGUUUAGACGCGUCGCUGCGUGUCAGAGCUGUAACCUGACACCCGACGUUUAGCCCCGCCUCUUGGGGCUGACGGGACGUUUGAUUGGUUGCUGACGGUGAAUCGACUCACCUGUGCGGAACCACAAACGGGUGACGUCCGGCUCGGUGUCAGCGGAUCUCGGACAGGAAGCCAAACCUGCACAGUUUGUACAUAUGAAUGUUGUUUGAGGCGUCAGCAUGAGUUAGUUUUUAUGAACGCUGCACAGAAAAACAAAAAUCCUUCUAAAGUCGAUACGACAGAAAGAUCCUGUAGAUUAUUUUAUAUGAAAACUUUAAUUUAUGUUGUUCACACCAACUGUGUGUGUGUGCGUGUCUGUGUGUGUGCGUGCGUGUGUCUCAGAUACCUGCUGGUGCUCCUACUCAUGACAUCAUCAUGACAUCAUCAUGACAUCACAGUCUUUGUCGUCACAAACUGCGGAAGCUUCAUUACUGAUUAUCCUGCUGAUCAAUAACCUCGUUUCGUCUGACCGACUCAGGACUUUUCACAGGACUUUCAGUUGAUCGGUUUUGAGUUGAUCGACUGAUUAAUCAGUUGAUUGAUCGUUGGCUGCGGCGAUCAAUCUGAUCAGCAGCUGCUUUCCACAUUCUCAGAUGUUUGUGAUGAAACAGGAAACCGUGUGGAGAACCACGUCAAGCAGGCUAAUCAAUAAUGGAGCUGAUCGGCUGCGCUCCGAUCACCGGUGCAGCGUCAUGUUUAACAGAUAAUCAAUAAGCUGUGUGAAGCAGCAGCAGUGUCUGAAACAUGAGACCCCCCUCCUUUAUGUUCUAACUGGUUUUUAUCCCCUCAGAUUGAACUUUAUGCUGGUUCCCAGUUUGCCGACGCAGAGCUGAACUCAGACGGUUUAUAGGCGUGUGGUGGUGCGUUCAGGGUCCCGCUGGACUCUGCAGCUCUGUGUCUGCUGCUGGCGUGAUGUGCUACUGUAUCUGAUUCUGUUUAACAUGAAUAAAACUUGUUUUGUUUCAAUAAA